CCGCUGUCAUCAUCGUUCGUGUUGGUGGUGUUAUUAUCGAUAGAUUUCUCAAAGCAGUUUCUCUCCAAAAAAAAUUUAGUGAAAACAUUUCCAGUAAUCUUACCGAUAUUUCCGAACAAUUUUUACGAUUCAGACGAAUAAAAGUGUGCCCUUGCUACCGCGGCAGUGAUCAGUGGUCAAGUUCGCCGGUUCUGGUUGUGUUUGGUGGCGGAAAUUGCAGAUUACUUUAGCCUGCGGAUUUUGCUGCUCGUGUGUUGUGUGCGGAGCUCUAACUUUCUCGAAGUUGACAUCUAAUUUUGACCAAAAUGACGCAAAUGAGCCAAGAGGAAAUAGUCUCGAACACUAAAACUGUUCUUCAAGGGUUGGAAGCACUAAGGGUAGAACAUCUAACCCUGAUUUCCAACCUUACCGAAGGCAGCAAAAAAGACCCAGAUAAGUCGGAAAUUGUUAUGAAAAAUAUUGAAAACAUCGAAUUGGGCUUAGGAGAAGCACAGGUGAUUGUCGUGCUUGCAUCUCAUCUACAAAACAUUGAAGCUGAAAAGCAAAAGCUACGCACUCAAGUCCGACGGUUAUGCCAGGAAAAUGCUUGGCUACGAGAUGAGCUAGCUAACACACAGCAGAAGCUUCAAUCGUCAGAGCAAACGGUUGCGCAGCUUGAAGAGGAAAAGAAACACCUGGAGUUCAUGGCAUCCGUGAAGAAAUACGACGAUAACCAGGAAAAUGAAGAACAACAGGAGAAGUCACGCUCAGAUCCGGUGGUGGAACUUUUCCCGGAAGAUGAAUCCGAAGAGAGACACAACAUGUCUCCGACACCACCAAAUCAAUUUGCAAACCACGCCAACGCGGGCUACGAAAUCCCAGCUCGGCUCAGAACAUUGCACAACCUUGUUAUCCAGUAUGCCUCUCAAGGUCGUUAUGAGGUAGCAGUUCCACUUUGCAAACAAGCUUUGGAGGACUUGGAAAGGACCAGCGGUCACGACCAUCCGGACGUGGCUACCAUGUUGAACAUCCUGGCUUUAGUUUAUAGAGAUCAGAAUAAAUAUAAGGAGGCUGCAAAUUUGCUUAACGAUGCACUGGCAAUUCGCGAAAAAACACUUGGCGAAAAUCACCCGGCGGUGGCUGCAACUCUCAACAAUCUCGCUGUGCUUUAUGGCAAACGUGGCAAAUACAAGGACGCGGAACCGCUUUGCAAGCGAGCUUUGGAAAUUCGCGAGAAUGUGCUCGGCAAAAAUCACCCGGACGUUGCGAAACAACUGAACAAUUUAGCACUUUUAUGCCAGAACCAGACAAAAUAUGAAGAAGUAGAGAUGUAUUACCAAAGAGCCUUGGAAAUAUACGAAAUGAAGCUUGGACCUGAUGAUCCAAACGUCGCCAAGACCAAGAACAACUUGGCAAGCUGCUUCUUGAAGCAAGGCAAAUACAAGGAAGCGGAAAUUUUGUACAAGCAGGUUUUAACUCGUGCUCACGAGAGGGAAUUUGGCGCAAUUAAUGGUGAAAAUAAACCAAUCUGGCAGGUUGCCGAAGAAAGAGAAGAGAACAAAUUGAAGAAUCGGGAAAACACACCCUACGGAGAGUACGGAGGUUGGCACAAAGCAGCCAAGGUGGACUCGCCUACCGUUACGACGACGCUGAAGAAUCUGGGUGCUCUUUACAGACGGCAGGGAAAGUACGAGGCCGCUGACACGUUGGAGGAUUGUGCCCUUCGCAGCAAAAAAGAGGCGCUGGAUCUAGUGAAGCAGUCAAAGGUUGCGAAAAUCCUCGGUGUGUCCGACGAAAACCGACGUCAAAGGAUGAAGGACAGUGAUAGCUAUGGAAAGCGAUCUCAAAAGUAGAUUGAUGGUUUUACGUACUACUACUUUUACUACUACCAGCACGCAAGUUUUCACAAACGUCAGUAUUGGCAUUUUUUGUUUGUUCGUUUGUUUUAGGCUGUAUGAAAGUUGUGACUCUAGGUUUUUAAGGUCGAUUUUUUUGUUUUGCUUAUAUUGUGUUCAACAUCUUUCGAUUUAUUUUUAUCCAUGGCUUUGAAAAUAUAAAAAAGUGUUUCGUCCUACUUACUUCAUUCCAUUGUGGCAAUUACAGCAAUGAUGCUAGCUUUUGAAGCAUUCGUGCGUUUGUGAUUGCCCUACUUAUCUCAUGACUCGAUGUGGUAUUCCUACUGAAGGUUAAGCUUUGUUUCAUUUUGGAUAUGGCUUUUGAUGGGUAUUGAUGUUAAGAAAAGAACGCAUCUUAACAUAAUAGAUAUCACUCACGUGCACAAUAUUGUCUUUCCUAGUAAGCAUUAAACAUUUAAUAAGUAGGUAUAUUAAUCAUAUUAUGACCCUACACGCAAUACCGAUAAUAUUUUGAUUGGUUAAUUUAUUUUGAUCUUGGAAAUUCAAAAUUGGUCAAGAUAUUUGGUUUAUAAUGAAAAAAAAACUUGGUAACAAGGUAUUUUAGGUAUUUUGUUUGUGAGAAAAGUUACUUAAAACUUUUACUUGAUAAGACAACAUUGGAACAACAAAUGCACAUCUUGCCUAAUGUUAUAAUGCAAGUGGGUAAAGUUCUAGCAAGGUGGCCUAUUUAGUGAAAUAAUGUGAUUGUCACACAUACACAAUAGGAAUAUUAUUUAUAUUAAUUUAUUUGUAAUUAAUAAUGCUAAUGAUUAUAAUCUGUCUUAGACAAAUAGCUGCAAGUACCAACUCAUGCUUUCCGAUGAUUAAAUAUUGUCAGAGGGACUGCAGACUUUUUCAUUAAUUUGGCUGAGUUGAUGCAAGCUGCUGCAGAUAUUACAAGAAAGGUGGAAGAGAAUUCAGCUAAGAAGUGAGGUCUUACUGCUUUCAUAGAAAAGAACGAACACCAAAAGUUGUUCACAAUCGGAGGUAAUAUCAUAUUGAUGUUCAUGCUAGAAAAUCACGCAUUCAAUCAGUUUUACAACAUUCAGGACAUGGGUUUCACAUUUUUUCAAUGCUAAAGCGCUGAAAAUCAUUAAUUGUUAUUGAGUUUAUAUGAGUUUAAAUCUGCUUGACUUGAUGUAUUUCGCUUCAGCAUUGCUCCUAUUACUGUAUACCAGCUGUGUUGUCCUCAGUAGAGGCUCUAGUAAGCUCACCUUCGUCUGCCAACUGUCGUUUUUGGUUGCACUGAGUUGGUGUAGAUACCGUACAUGUUUGUAGACAGAGAGUUUUGGCGCAACUCCAGCUAGUGUUUAGAAAACGCAACAUAUGGUCAUAAUCCUUAUAAAAUCGGAACAGUUUGCAAUGUUUGAUCCAAGUCCAAGUCCUGGUCAUAACAUACGCAAACAUGUUAACAUUACCAAUUUUUGCAGCUUUAAUUUAAACUAUUUGAAUGCCCAAUCGAAUGAAGCAUUAAGUAUAACUGAAAGAUGGAAUUCCCAAUUAUACCAAAGUUCUAAAUUCAUCAAUCGAAACUCUUAAAACAUUAAAUACUUUGCCGCGGAAUGAGAGAAUAAGUGUAACGAUUCUCCCAUCGUUCAUUACACUGGUUGUUUUUGUCAAUAAAAAAAUGCUUUUUGAUGCUGGGACAAAGCGCUGUAUCUACCCACUAAUACAAGGUAUUGUAUCUAAAAUUGUUACUACUAGAAUACUAUACACAAAUCAGGGAAUGUAAAACUGAUCCAUAAUGUGAUGGAAAAGUACGAGUUCGCAUAAAAGGUGUUUGCAAAUGUUUACGAAUCAUUGUACAUUGAAGACAUGACAAAAACUGCACUUUCAAUUAUUGAUUUCAAACACCAUUUACACUAACAUCUACUUAGGGCCUUUCACUGCGUUUGUGAAAAUUUGAGCAAAAAAAAAGAAGUAAACAUUCUCAAAAUUAGAUUUACGAAGAAGUAUUUAGAGGCACAUUUUGGUGCAAUAUUAACGAAGAACCAGAAACUAUUAUUUAACUAUCUCUCUCUGCUUUUAAAUUGUUUGAAGAAGAAAUACACACACACACACACGUAAUCAACCAACAACGCUCGGACAGUAACAUCCAAAUUGAACACAAAAGAACAUUCAGGCCGCCUUACGAAAGAGACAUAAAUAAAAGCUGAAAUCUAAUGCGCUGAA